AUGAUAAAAAGCAUUUCACCAAAAACCAAACUGUCUGAAUCACCGAAUGAUUUGACUGAAGCCAUUGCAAAAGGAUGGGAGAUCCCUGACUUUACUAUCAAGGAGAUCCGUGAUGCCAUUCCAGCCCACUGUUUCGAACGCAACACCUUCCGAUCAUUGUCCUAUGUCUUACAUGACCUGUGCUUUAUUGCACUCUGGGGAUACUGUGCUACCUGGAUUGACGUCGUGAGUUCUGGAUUUACCUGGGCUGCUCUCUGGGCAACCUAUGGAGUGCUUCAGAGCAUUGCCGGAUCUGCUCUCUGGGUUCUUGCACACGAAUGCGGCCACCGGGCAUUUAGUCCUUCAAUUUUGAUCAAUGAUACUGUUGGUAUGAUCAUUCACAGCAGCCUUCUUGUACCAUAUCACUCAUGGAAAUAUACCCACGGCAAACAUCACAAGUCAAUUGGACAUUUAACCAAAGACAAGAUUCAUUAUCCUAAGCAAAGGUCUGCAGUUGGAUUGCCUCCUCGUGAGCUGGAUGAAGAGGCCGAUGGACCGCACAGUAUUUUCGAAGACUCGCCUAUUGUGGCCACUUUUGAUCUACUGAUGUUCCUGUUCUUCGCAUGGCCGACGUACCUAUUGUUCAACCUCUCGGGUGACACGACAACCAAGCGAUGGGUGUCGCAUUUUAACCCAAACAGCUACAUGUUUCGCAAGCACCAGUUCUGGAAGGUAGUCCAGUCUGCGGCGGGUGUUGGAGCCAUGAUUGGUGCGCUGAUUGUGGCUGGCCAGAUCUUUGGCUCGACUGUGGUCUUCAAGUACUACCUUAUUCCUUACAUCUGCGUCAACUUCUCGAUCACGAUGAUUACCUACCUGCAGCAUACCAGUCCGUAUAUGCCCCGCUACGACACUGAUGUCUGGAAUUUCCAGCGUGGUGCUGCCCUAACCAUCGACCGGUCCUAUGGAGUCAUUAUCGAUCAUCUCUCGCAUCAUAUUGCGGAUACCCAUGUCAUGCACCACUUUGUGUCUACGAUGCCGCACUACCAUUGUGUAGAGGCAACCAAGCAUGUCAAGAAGGUUCUCGGUAAACACUACUACCAUGAUCCCACACCAAUUCUCAAGGCAUUGUAUGAGAAUUGGACCCAAUGUAAAUUUGUUGAAGAGGAGGGAAGCGUACGGUUCUAUAAGCGCUAG